AUGGCUUCGGACGAAAAGAACGUCCUCGCAGUAUACGACAACAGCGGGGAAGCAGAGCUAGAUCCCCAAGAAGAUGAAGAGGUGAAUGUUACCCAGAAUCUGCAAGACUUCAACCGAGAUACAGACGACAAGAAGGCUGCUCGCAACCUACUCAACAACUACAUCCUGUUGUCUUCCAGUGCAAAGAUCAUGAGGCGGAUCAAGAAGGGAAUGCCGAAGGAUCGAAACUUGUACGAGUUUCUCACCAAGCCAGGAAGCGACCUGAUCCAUGGACUUCAGGAGACCGAGCUGGACUUUUCGACUAUCCUAAUUGUCGUCGCCAGCGAAGAUACCCUCGGGAAGACGCUCACUCGACGCGAACAGAGUGUCAUCAAAGAAACUAUGCAGCUUCUGAAAGUUAAAUCUGAAGCCAACUUGGGUGUCCUUACCAAUUACGACGCGAAGGUGGUUGUGAAGACCAGGACGCUGUACGAACCCAUGAGCAAGAUCGCAGAUGAAUUCGCAAUCAACGACACGAUGUCAUACAACAAGCAAACGGCAGAGUUCCUACAGUCUAUGCUCAGCGCGGUCUUGAUCAACGUGAAGGGAAGCUUCAAGGCCCUAACGUUUGCCAAGCGUCAAGCACAACUGUACAAAGCCGGCAACUACGAUUUGGCAUUGGCAAAUGACCCAGUCGUAAGCCAAUACAUACACGAGUCUGGUCGCUCUCUCGACGAACUGGCCACCAAAGCAGGCUUAUGGUUACACGUACUGACAGUAUGCAAACAAGUUUUGCGGGAGUAUUUGACAGCCAAUCUCCGACUCGUUCGUUUUGUCUACGCUCUCAAAAACGUUCGAAGGCUCAGAGUCUUGGACAAGCAAAAACACCAAACGGUGGACCCGGAGGUUGCAGAUCUCGAUUCGAUUUCCGCGAAGGAGCGAUGGGAGGACGCAGCUAUGGCCUGGCUAGAUCUCACCUGUCUCCAUCAGACAGCCUUUAUGAGCCUAAGCUGUGCCGGAGAGCCAACGCAACGCAACAAGGACUACGAAUCAUACCUGUUCGCUGCCAGCUUCCGAUAUCUCGAAGCAUCCACGAGCCAAAUGGACAAACGGUUGUUCUUCACCAAAUAUCUGAAAGAGGUCGAGAAAGCUCCGGGCGAACCUCUCACAAAUGCUGAAGUCCAGACCAUCCGACAGUGGUUGCUAACCGACGGCUAUGGCUUUGGUUCUGGUGCCACUUCCAAAUUCGAGACUCCAACGCUCGAGACGAAGAAUUUCUCAGGCACAUACCAUUGCGAGGCAAUGCUGAUUUGCCUCUACUUGCUCUGUCGCAAACGCGACUACUUCGUGGACAAGGAUGCCAAUGCUGAUUUACCCGAGAACCUUCACCAUUACCUACGCUUACCUCCCAAGAGUAUAACUGAUACCAUGCGGAAAGCAAUGGAUGUGUUGCCAGUAUCCAAGCGUUGUUGCCCAGCGUGCCAUGCCUUGGUGCGAUAUCUGGUAACAUAUCACAAGUGUAAUCUCAUGUAUGCCGGUAACCACGGUGUAUGGUUUGCGACUGCUCUCCCGCCUUGGAUCCCCAAACCUGCCGGUCUUCAUAUUUUGGCGGAAGCUAGAAAGGCCCUCAGUUACCGGUUCCAGUAUAUCUUGAAUAGAGAGACAGCCCCACCAGGCUCGGACGAUAGCUGGAAAACCGACGAAACCUCACAUCACUUUUUGACAGUGCAAGGAGACACUUCUCUGCCGCAGACUGGAGCCUACAGCUCUCCGCGACUGCCCACGGUCGUUGAAGGCUGGAUAUAUCCGGACCGUAAAGCGCGAGCCAAUGUUACGAUUGCAAUGGGCGGAGCGCGGGCAUCUAAUCACGCUAGGUAA